AUGGGCGUAAAUUCCCGCCGUCCUUUAUUACCUGCACCAACCGAAUCCAUAGUCGAUAGUAGAAUCGAUACUACGGGGAGCAGCCUCACAACCACGGAUAUGGCUACCGACGUUUCCCGACGGACUGACAAGUCUUCUUAUUCUUUGCCAGAUGAUGGUAGUCCAAUCACUAUUUCUACUCGACGUCGAACAAACAAAAAAGACGAUGACGAUUCGUCAAAGCUUUCACGGACGUCCCACCAGUCCCAAACUUCACUGCUCAUCGAGUACUUUGAACGUGAGAAGACUGGCUCGAGGCCCCACUCAAGGCCGAGCGUCAGAGUAAAGGUAAUUCCAUCUGGUAGGAAGAAUCGAGAGCAUGGCGACACAAUUCAGAUACGUGAGGGCAGCAGUAGCAAACGACCACACUACUCUAGACGCAUCUCUGUCAGCACUCCAUCGAAGAAAAAAUCCACCACUGCAGGCAAUGACGAUCAAAGCGUCACUGAUGACGAACAUGACGGUCGACCGCUUGAGAUUGAAUUCCUAGACCGCGGAAAUGGAAGCGACUUAUCCAACGAGCGCUAUAUCCAGCCAACCUCCGAAAUAUCAUCAAUGCCCGCAGAUAGCAUGCUUGAUAGCUCUAUGGUUUCUGGUAUGCCACGCCGUAAGCGGAGUCAAAGUCUGGACAAAGCCCGUGACACAGCCGACGCCGAUCUUCUCAAGGCCCCCUCAAGACGAAGAAGCCGAAGUUUGAGCCGCGAGCGGAUCGCUUAUAGAGUGGCUCAGAAGUUGAAUGCCGGCGAUGGGGGUCGACAGGGCAAAGAGCUUCUUGCAACCGAGUCAAAGCCCUUGAAAAAACGCUCCCACAAGUAUGAUGAGGAAGAGCAGCCGAGCAUUGAGUCUAGCCUCUUGAGUGGUUCAAAUGUUUCAUCUUGCCACAAGUCCGGUGACGCUAUAUCUUUCCGCUCCAACACAUCCAAGUCCUCCUUGAACAAUACCAAGUUCCUUGAGACCGUGGAAGACGCCAUUCGACGUCUAAUCCUACCCGAACUGAAAGAACUCAAGAAGGACCAGAAAGUCAGCGACAACAAAUUGAGGUUCGAGCGUGAUACGAUUGAAUCUGGAAGCGGUGUCAGCUCGAAGGAUGUGCCUAAGCGACGCCUCUCAAAGCAUUCAAGCGCACCUGAUGUCAGCAGAAGUUCCCUCUUUGUGGCAAGCACCGAAAAAGCAACCCCUGAAAAAGAAGAGGCGAUCACCCCCGAAGAGCGCCGAAGGCGCUACAAAGAGCGACGCCGCGAGAGAGAAACAGGAUCCGCAUCUCCCGAAGAAUCCAUCCGUAUUCGCAAGGGUUCACUUCCUGGGAACCAACGCGAAUUUACCGAUGAGGAGAAGUUACGACGCCAGAGGAGUAAAGGUCUCAGAGAUGCAGCUGCCGCAGGCAUUGUCGGAAGUGCACUUACAGCCGCCGCUCUCAAGCACCAUGACUCGAAGUCCAGUCUGGGUAAAAAGCCAAGGAAACGCAAGUCUAAGAGUCGCAGUGGAUCGGGAAGCAUCAAUGAUUUGGACACAGAACUGGUUUUCCAGAAACACAAUGUGCCACCGAUGCCAUUUCGCAGUGAUAUCGACACCGAACUCACUCGCGAUUCCUUGCUUUCUCAAAGAACUGCUGAUACUGUCGACACAGAAACGCCAACGCCCCGUCAAAUCAAAGAAGUCAUUCGAGGCUCUCCACAUGGCUUGGAAUCCCCCGGUCCUGGAACGCCACUCGGUAGUCACAUGGAACUUUCUUCCAGGCAGAGCCAUCGCAGUGAUCGUGAACUUGACGAGAAGGCCGAUUCUAUCGAUGGCGACGUUUUCCUUGAAGGCACUAGUGAUGCCAUAGCGGCGGCUGCCGCUGGAAACUUGCUUGGACAUCACCCAGAUCAUGAUAUGCUUGGUCUAGAGGACAACAUACACCAUCCACGUGCUUUGAGUCCUAUUCAAAGCGUUGCUAGUGAUCACGACUUGCACGAGACUCAGCAAGAGGAAGCGCUCCAGGAUAAUGAAGCUGAUGACCGAAGAUAUUCCAUAGAGUCCCUGUCUUCUGCGCCUAGUACAGAGUUGGCCAGAUCAACGCGCCCUGAGGGUAUCAGCUUCGAGAGCCGUAGCGAGAUAUUGAGGCAGCAUGAUGAAGGCGCCACGGAGCUUGGCUACGAAACGGACAGAAAUAUCGAAGGCGAGCCCGGAACGGAUUGGAACGAGACUUCCUCAUUCGCAGAUCAUCACGACGACUACAACGAGGACUUCAAGGCAGGCUUGAACCACGACACCGUCGAAGGCGAUGCUUAUGAUGAUUAUGAUGAUUCUCCAAGGGAGUUCAAUGAAGGAGCUGCAGUCAAUCCAAAGUUUGUGACUCCAAUUGCCGUCGAAUCUGCAGUAGCAUCCUUGUUGGAACCUUCCGUAAUGGACACAAGAUCCGGUCUUUCUCAAGCUCGUUCGCAAGCAGAUUCUCUCAAUCGGUCUGUUAAUGGAAGUCAUGUCGAAGAUUUUCAUGAGCAUAGUCAAGCCGGUGGCUCUCGUCAGGGAAGUCCUCUGAAACAUGAAUAUGAUCUUAACAACCACGACGAAAAGUCGUUCACGAAGCGUCUUGGUGCAGCAUCACCUCCUCAGAGCGUUACCCAGUCAGACGAAGAUCGUGAUGAUGAACGUGAAGAAAGAUAUCUUCUCGAUACGACUAUCAUAGACAAUCAAGAGGAUAUGCACCCGGAGGAGGCACAAUACGAAGAAGAAGAAGAAUCGGAAAUCAAUACCAAUCCUUCCAUCAUCCAGGGUCCCAUCGGCAGUGUUCCUCAUGGUAGCAGGGAUCACUGGCCAUACAACCCCACUCCACCACAGGCCAGAGAUCUCCAGUCCUCUCCUCAGCAUGAUCUUAACCCAGCUGCAACCGCAGCGAUCGGUGGGGUCUUGGGCGCAGGGCUGGGUUUGUCCGCCGCGGAACGUGGAAUUGGCUACGAUCAAACAUAUGAUCAAGGUUAUCGUAUUUACUCGACUCCUCCAGGGGCCAAGGAUGAGGGCUACAUCUCGGCGGCAAAUCCCAUGUCCCCUAGCAAUGGGACACCAGAACCUCGCAAUAAAUUCAGCACACUCGAUCAUGCCAAUCCUCCACUGCUUUUUGACAACAGAGACCUCGAAGAGGAUCCUUUUGUUGGGGCUGGCCACCAACGCCAUUUCAGCGGUUACUCUCAUGGCAUUGCUUCUCCUAUUUACGACAGCGCUACAGGGCGGGGUGUCGACAGUAUCGAAUCAAAGGAUAUCAUUGCUUUGAUGAAUCACCUCACCGUUCGAGAUGCUCAGCGCAAUGCUAGAGACACUGAGAUUCUAGUCACCCUUGUUCGCAGCGCUGCUGAGAUGCGAAGUUCGUUCUUGGAGAUGAAGAAAUUCAUCGCUGAGCAAGAUGACAUGAUCUUACAAGCAAACGAGAAGCAACAUGAACGUACCAGAGCUAUCGGCGGUCCGCGUCCACUUCCUGCAUCAAGGUCUAACCGCCAACUAGCUGCGGCUGAUUACGGCGAGGAGGUUCAAGCAAAACGACGAAACGUCUUUAGGAGGGCUAUGAAGAGCCUGAGCUUGAAGUCUUCCAAUGAUUUGACGAAGAUUGAAGACAUGCUCGAACAACUUCUCGAUGAAGUAGAAGCUCUACGAACUGCUCAAGGAAGUGUUGGAACAGGGCCAGCAACGAAUGCCGCCAGUCUCAAUUCAAACGUCAUUGCAGGAGCUUAUCCAGACGGAUAUGAACCUGAAGGUUUAGCAGGCACUGGAUCUCCUGGCGGACAGUCUGGGUACACUUCUAAUUCCUCUCGACCUCUAGCCGAUGCGCGACCGAUGAAUACACGCCGAGCAUCUGAGAAUCGAAUCAGCACUGUACUUGAAGGGGAUGAAGAGGUUGAUGCGUAUGAGCAGCCGCUCUUAGAAAGAGAAGUCCCAUACGAUGAGCGUGUUCCCGAUGAGCGGGGUAUUCCUGGACAUCUGGGUACACCACCGCGAAAGCCAGUGCCUACUGGUUCGGGAAGUCAGGAGACCACCCCAAGAAAGUCAGAUGAGAAAGCACGCAAACAUAAAUCAAACAGCUCUUCCUUUUUCAAAAUGUCACGAUGGUCCAAGACGACUGCCUCCUCGGCCGGUGAUAAUGUUCGCAACAGUAUGCAGACAGCUCGGAAGGAACGUCCAUCAUCAGAAAUGUCGCGAUCCGGCUCGGAUUUAGCAAACAAAGACCAUUACACUACUGGCGACUUUUACGAUCCGCAUGGCGAUGAUCGUCUUCGAUCCACGUUUACAUUGGAUGAAGAACAACAGAACAACCGUCCUCCUUCUCCGCUUGUUCCUUCUCAAGUUUCCGAGGGGCCAAAGUACAAGGCGCACCGUGAUAGCUUGAACUUGCAACACCCACAGCCACAGAAGGGCCCAACUGAUCGGUACCAAACUCAUUUGGAAUCUCAAGCACAAGUCUAUGCACCGACCUCCCCGACUUCAGAGAGAUGGGGAUCACAAUCAAGCCUGCCUCAUUAUAGCACCAAUGCGAAUAGAAUGAGCAGCGGUAAUGCUCGUUUGACACCAAUCUCGGAUGCAGGUUAUUCCGAAGUGAGCUCCUCUAGGGGACCUCCUCGUCCGCCAAAAGUCAAAGAUGCCGGACCAUUGGUACCUCAACGACCCCCUAAGAUCAAGGAAGACGCCGGUUCUCCGCAUACUGAUCGGUUCUCUGCCCAGAACAGCCGUGGUAGUGCAUCUCCGGUCAAUGCACCGCCGACUCGAAAGCCUACUGGGCCUAGGCCAAUCACUAGUUCUGGACAGUUCAGUCCUAGCAACAUCAAACGCACUCAGUAUCGUGGAAGCCCCAACAAGAUCGACUACGACGAUGACGAGUACUGA